AUUUAGAAAUAACCUCAAACAUGGCGGCAAGUAGAUCGUGAGAAAACGUCGAGAUUAUAGAUGUUAUGAAGCUAAGACUACAAUUGUCACAAUGUGAGAUACAAUGGGUAGCCAUACACUGCGUUAUUUUUGUUAUGGUUGUGUCUUAUCUACAAUCACAUGGGCUAUCAUAAUAUACCUGUAUUUCAAUGAAAUUGACAUUAACGAUAACAUCCCAAGUGAAGCACGCUCAUUUGAAACUGAACGCAGUUAUAAAAAAUUCAUUCCACGGUAUCCGUCGCGGCAAGACUAUGACAAAGACAAUAACAGACCUUUUGUACGCGAUAAAUACGAACCAGACGAUACUGUUCGAAAAAAUAGUCUAAAUAACUGGGCCAAUGAGGUUGUGCGGAAUAACAGACAGCCAGACAUUGUUAAGGAAGAAAAGAAGGAAGACAAUACAAUUCGAAAAAACCUAGCAUUAAAUCCAGAACUGGGUAUUGUGAAAAACACUGAAGACCAGAUUCUACGUGAUGAAGGAUACCAACAACACGCUUUCAAUCAGUUAAUCAGUGACAGAAUCGGUUUUCAUAGAGGAUUACCAGACACCAGGAAUGGAUUAUGUGCCUAUCAAGUAUACUCAAAUAAUUUACCAAGUACCAGUGUGGUAAUAUGUUUUUUUAAUGAAGCCUGGUCAACUUUACUACGUACUGUAUAUAGUGUUAUUGACAGAUCACCUGCUAAUUUAUUACAUGAAAUUAUUUUAGUUGAUGACUACAGCUCAUCAACAUAUUUAAAAGAUUAUUUAGAUGAUUUUAUAAAAACUAAUUUAUUUCAAAUUGUAAAAAUUAUUCACAACAAAAAAAGAGAAGGUUUGAUUAGAGCUCGUAUGAUAGGGGCUGCUGCAGCUACUGGUGAUGUAGUGAUGUUUCUUGACAGCCAUUGUGAGGUUAGCACACAGUGGUUAGAGCCCUUAUUAGAGCGUAUCAAAUUUGAUCCACACACCGUAGUGUGUCCCAUUAUUGAUAUUAUAAAUGCUGAUACAUUUGAGUAUCAACAGUCACCGCUGGUUCGCGGUGGUUUUAACUGGGGACUACAUUUUAAAUGGGAUACCAUUCCAAGCAGUCAGUUUAAAGGCAAAGAAGAUUAUAUCAAACCAGUAAGGUCACCUACCAUGGCUGGGGGUUUGUUUGCUAUGGAUAGAAAGUAUUUUCAUGAACUGGGUGAAUAUGAUGAUGGUAUGGAUAUAUGGGGUGGAGAAAACUUGGAAAUUUCUUUCAGAAUAUGGCAGUGUGGUGGUACUUUGGAAAUUAUUCCAUGCUCCCGAGUGGGGCAUGUUUUUAGAAAACGUCGACCUUAUGGUUCACCUAAUGGUGAAGAUACAAUGUCUAAAAAUUCAUUACGUGUUGCACAUGUCUGGAUGGAUGAGUACAAGGAACAUUAUUUUGAACUUAAAAAAGACAACAGAAAUAAAGACUAUGGGGAUAUAAGUAGCCGGUUAGCGUUGCGUGAAAGGUUACAGUGCCAGUCAUUUAAGUGGUAUUUAGAAAAUGUUUAUCCAGAAAUCAGAUUACCCAAUCAGAAGGUUUCGUAUCCUGUGGAUGUUGAACGAAGACAGCCCGUCAAAGCUGAAAUUAUCAAAAGAGGACAGAUUGUACAUCUGCUUACAGGACUCUGCUUGACUUCAGAAAAUGAUUUUACUCAAAAAGGUACUUUAGUUGUACUUCAUGAUUGCUCAGAUAAGGACAAACAAAUGAUUUGGUCUCAAUCCACAAGCCAUGAAUUUUUAUUAAAAGAUUCAUUAUGUUUAGACACACCUGAGACAGAUAGUAAAGCAUUUCCUCGAUUAAUGAAAUGUCAUGGGUCGGGUGGAUCACAGAACUGGAGAUUAAAUGAAGUGGGUAGGAAUCAUCUGUAUCACCCGGCAACAGGACAGUGUUUAGUCCAUGCAAAGGACGAUGUACGAUUACAUUUGGCAAUAUGCAAUGAAGUCGCAGAUCAACAGUGGGAAAUGAUUGAAAUGUAAAAAAGUUUAUUAAACCUACUCCAAUAACCGAAUUAUAUGUAAAUGAGUCACAAUUGAACUUUCUCAGCCAUAAUCUUGGGACCAUAAUUGUAGCCUGACAUUAUACAAUGUUCUGUAAGAGAGAAUUAGCAAUCCGAUACCGAAAACUUCAAAUGAAAAUGUCUUAACUAUUCAUAUCCUUCUGUAAUAGUUUAUUGUCCUUUUGCAACAUUGUAGUCAAAGUGAAGACUCUGAACCAAGAUGAUGAACAUGCACUCCCUGAAGUAAAUAGUGUUGCAACAGCCUCAGUCACCCCCAACAUAUCACAGAGUUACAAGUUUUCUUCCAUAGUGCAAAACUGAUAACCAUCUGAGCAUUUCUUAUAAUAGAUAAUUGCACACUUUGGAGUGUGUUUAUAAUUUACUUGUAUAAAUCAUGUUGUUUUCGAUACAAUCUUUUAAAUCGUUAAAAAUGCUAAAUAUGUUGUUAAAUUAAUAGACUUAUCAUGUAUUACUGGCCUUGAACGCAUGCAGUUAGUUUCAUUGAACAUUUGGUGUGAUUUGCUACUUAGUUAUCUCAUUUUAAAGACAUAAUUGAAUCCAACGAUAUCAUCAGUAGCUUUAAAAUUAAUGCUUUCUACUACAACUCUAUGUUCUCACCUUGACAAAAUUGCUAAGUAUGGUCAAUUGACAUUGGAGCACAUGACAAGUUCA